CUUUCUUUUUUUUUUGUCUUUCCCAUUCUUGUUUUUAUAUUCCUUUUUUUCUACCAAUCUUAUUUUAAUAUAUUUUAUUCCUUUAUUUCGAUACUCUCCCACGUCCUUUCUUUCACUUCACACCCCGCUGAAACCCUCACUCCAGACAUCACAAGACACUCGAAGAAGGGAGUUCAUAAGAAAAUAGGUGGUGAAAUGCCUGGAGAAGAUUGCUUGGUCCGGCCCUUAUUUGGAGGUGCUAUAACUAGUUGCUUUCCUCCACGGUUCCAGGAUGUAAGCAACAUACGAGAAGUUCCCAAUCAUCAGGAAGUUUUUGCAGAUCCUAGUCGUGAUGAGAGCUUCAUUUUUGAGCUGUUAGAUUUGAAACGCGAGGUUGGAGACAAUGGAAGUGCGGUCUGGUUUUUACGCGACAUUGCCAAUGAACAAGAUGCUGCAGAAACCAUGGUGCUAGAGCAUUCUGGCACUCUCGAGGCCGUUGGUUUAGGUUGUGGAGGUGGACCUACAAUAGUUACAACGGCAGUUGGUAAAAUGGCCUUAACAAAAGGGAGACAAGGAAGGGAGGCACAGAAUCUUGUGCGGGUAUAUCUAGCAAAUUUGCGUCUGAAGGAAGUUUCUACUGAUGUGCUGAUUACUGCAUAUGAGCCGAUAUUGAUCAACCCCUUGAGUGAAAGUGCCAGGUCUGUGGGAGCUGGGCCAGCUGUACCGGCUGCACAAUCUGGAUGUCUGCCGGUCGCUGAGGUCUUCAAGCUUGCUGUCACCAACUUUAAGGUCCAUGACUGGAGUCUUUUUGGGUCAGGGGGAUGAGAUAAAAGCAGAUAAGAUCUCGAUGUUCAGGAAUGAUCCAAACCCACAUUCAUUCAGUGCUUAUGGAUUUUCCUAGAUGCAUGUCUAUAGUAAGAAGAGGGUAUUCAGCACAAGGGAAGAAAUUACAGUUGGGUGUGGAGUCCAGUUCUAACCGGUCGCCUGCUGACAGUUGGGCCAAAUUCUCCAUGAAAAUUGAUUUCUUCCUAUUCCCUUCUUUCAUCCUUGUUUUCUUAAACUUUGGAUCAUCUAUAUUAGCAGUUAUAACUGCUGUGUUAUCAGACACUGUCGGUAAACUAGGAUUCUGAAAAGUUGAUUGAAAUUUUACAUGUUAACCAAGUUUUAGGCA